AUGGCUUCUGGUCAACAAUGGCAAGACGGAUGGGCAUGGGACAACACCCCUUCCUCAACAUUGUUGACCGAGUCCGAUAUCCAGUUCCACACGCUUCUUGACUCCAGUCAUUUGACUGAUCUUGGCGAUAUCUUCGCAUUUACCAACGACAGUUCUGUCUUCCCUGCAAGACAACCCGUCGUUCCUCCUCUCAUCGAUACUGGCUCACAUGCAAGUGGUACAUUCGACGUUUCGGUUGAUGCAGCUGGCCUUUGUCACGCCGAUGCAGAAUUUUUACGAAGUCAGGGAUGCUUUGACCUGCCCCCGCCAGCGAUAUUGAAGCAAAUCAUGAGGCAGUAUUUUCGCAUGGUGCAUCCCAACCUCCCAAUCGUUAUGGAAAACAGCUUCUGGGUACGCUGGGAUGGAGAUACCUUUGACUUGGCUCAUCAGUCACUCUUAGUCUUGCGGGCAAUGCUCUUUGCAGCGAGCUGCUACGUCGACAACAGUACGUUGGCAAGCUUAGGAUUCAACGGACAACGUCAGGCCAGAAAUUUCUACUACCGCCAGGCCAAACUAGCGUUCGACUUUGGCAUUGAGAUGGAUCCUGUUGCAAAUGCGCAGGCAUGCCUCCUUCUAUCGUACAUGUCGCCGAGUCUCAGUAGGCUGCAGAUCAAUGUGGGCUGGCUCAUUCAUGCUCAUCGUUUUGCCAAGCUCGCCGGCGCCGACUCAUUCCAUCGCCGCAUAGAGGAUGACCGCCCGACAGCUGUGUUGCUGAAGCGCAUCUGGUGGGGUGUACUCUUUCGCGACCGGAUACUCUCGUUCGGCUUUCGUCGCAGCCUGCAAGUACACCUCGAGGACGACUCGGUCUGGUUGAACGACAAUAGUGUUUUGAAUGCUGGUGACUUUGAGUCUGAGCUGGGUCAGUCUCCUAUCUACGACACCGAGACUCAAUUGAAGAAUAUUGAAGUGCUCAGCGCGCUUUGCCGACUUAUAAGUCGGCUCUUGGGUCCUUUGAAGCUCUUAUACCAGUACAAUAUGCUCGACGGACGUCUACAGCCAGCGUCAAUUGAUCUUCCCGCUACUAUCACGGCCAUCAAGGCCCAUCUGGUAUCGCUUCGGAUUUGGCACGACGAUACCAUUGAGAAAUUUCCUUUCCCCGUGAGUCUCGAUGACGUGCACGAGACACUGUGCAUUUAUGUCAACAUGCUUUUCAUAUACCAUGCAUCGAUAAAGUUCGCACUUCACAUGCAUCUGAUAUUGAUACACGACAGUCUUCCAGGAAGCCAUGCACUCCUUCAAAUAGAGGACUCGCACAGGGAGCUACAAAUCGCCAACACCGAUCUCGGGCGACGAUUCCAAGAAAUGGUCCAGCUGAGAGUGAUGAAGGAUCUGCCCAUCACUGCGAUCCCUUUCCUCGCGCCGCCAUUGAUUCUCCAGGCAAUCAAUGUCACAGCAUCUCGUGGCCUACGAACAGAAUCGAACGAAGCACGUCAUCUCGACAUUUUCACACGGACGCUGAAAUCUCAGCAAGGCAGAUACGACGGAUCGGAAUUCUUGAUCGAUGUGCUGAACAACGUAAUAUCUUAUGCACAACAAAACGAGGAUCUUACGACGAGCAUGAACACUUGGCGAAAGAGUAGCAGUGGGGAUGAUGGACCUUCGAACCGCGAUCAUAAUUCAGACGACAGUCGACAGAAUCCGGUGAGGAGGUUAGAUUGGAACACCAUGGUGCGCAAGCAGCCCAAACUGCUGCUGAGGUUAAUGUUCCAUCUGGACUAUGCGCUGCGUACGUGGGGUGUGCCGCAAGAGAAGCAUUUCCCGCCCAGUCUCAGGAGGAGUCCGCCGGGAAACUGA